AUGCCUGACAUUCGACCUAGAAGAAAGUCAAUACCCCUCGUGUCAGAGCUCACAAUGGCUGCAACGAAAAGGAAUGCCGGAUUGACGUCUGCUGUUCAUCGAGCAACGCUUAAUGAUGAAGAACUGAAAAUGCAUGUCUACAAGAAGACUUUGCAAGCCCUCAUAUAUCCAAUAUCAUCAACAACGCCACAUAAUUUCGUUUUAUGGACGGCGACCUCGCCGACUUACUGUUAUGAGUGCGAAGGUCUUUUAUGGGGUAUCGCCAGACAGGGUGUCAGGUGUACCGAAUGCGGAGUUAAAUGUCACGAAAAGUGCAAAGAUUUGCUCAACGCCGACUGUUUACAGAGGGCCGCUGAAAAGUCAUCAAAGCAUGGCGCUGAAGACAAAGCCAAUUCCAUCAUCACCGCCAUGAAAGAAAGGAUGAAGCAGCGGGAAAGAGAUAAACCGGAAAUCUUUGAGCUUAUCAGACGCGUGUUCAGCAUGGAACCGGAGCCUCAUUCAGCACACAUGAGCACCGUGAAGCAAUCAGUCCUCGAUGGUACUUCGAAAUGGAGCGCCAAAAUCGCCAUAACAGUUAUCUGCGCCCAAGGUUUGAUUGCGAAAGACAAGAGUGGAACGUCAGAUCCUUACGUCACUGUUCAAGUGAGCAAAAUAAAGAAGAGGACGAGAACUAUGCCUCAAGAGUUGAAUCCAGUUUGGAACGAAAAAUUUUAUUUUGAAUGCCACAAUUCCUCAGACCGUAUCAAGGUGCGUGUGUGGGAUGAGGAUAAUGACCUCAAAUCAAAACUCCGCCAGAAACUGACGAGGGAAUCCGACGAUUUCUUAGGGCAAACGAUUAUCGAGGUGCGGACUUUAUCUGGUGAAAUGGACGUGUGGUAUAAUUUGGAGAAGAGGACGGACAAGUCAGCAGUAUCAGGCGCCAUCAGGCUGCAUAUAAAUGUGGAAAUCAAGGGAGAAGAGAAAGUCGCACCAUACCAUGUGCAGUACACGUGCCUUCAUGAGAAUCUAUUCCACUAUCUGUGUGAGGAAAACGGCGGUGCAGUGACGUUACCGGCAGCAAGAGGUGAUGACGCCUGGAAGGUUUAUUUCAACGAGAACCCAGAGGAAAUUGUUGACGAGUUCGCCAUGAGAUAUGGCAUCGAGGCAAUCUACCAAGCUAUGACACAUUUCCACUGUUUGUCAACGAAAUAUUUAUGCGCGGGGGUACCGGCUGUGAUGUCGACUCUUCUAGCGAACAUCAAUGCGUACUACGCACACACUACUGCCUCAUCAGCUGUGUCAGCCUCAGACCGGUUUGCUGCUUCAAAUUUUGGUAAAGAAAAAUUCGUCAAGCUCUUGGAUCAACUGCACAACUCUUUACGGAUUGACUUGUCAAUGUACAGAAACAAUUUUCCCGCUUCUAGUGCCGAAAAGCUAAUGGAUCUCAAGUCCACUGUUGAUUUGCUCACUAGUAUUACGUUCUUUAGGAUGAAGGUCCAAGAGUUAAGUAGUCCACCUAGAGCCAGCACAGUAGUCAAAGACUGUGUUAAAGCUUGCCUUAGGUCCACAUAUCAGUUUCUUUUUGAAAAUUGUUACGAGUUGUUCAACAGAGAAUUUCAGGUGGAUCCUAACGAAGCGAAGCGUGAUCCCUCAGAUCAUGGUCCGCAACUCGACUCCGUAGACUUUUGGCACAAACUCAUAGCUCUUAUCGUAUCUGUGAUAGAAGAGGACAGGAACAGUUACGCUCCCGUUCUCAACCAGUUUCCUCAGGAAUUGAAUAUUGGACAGUUGUCCGCUGCAACCAUGUGGUCGUUAUUUGCUGUGGACAUGAAGUAUGCUCUAGAGGAGCAUGAACAGCAUAGGCUCUGCAAGUCUUCCGCUUACAUGAACUUACAUUUUAAGGUGAAAUGGUUACACACGAACUACGUUAAAGAUGUCCCUCCGUAUUGUGGUGCUGUUCCCGAAUAUCCCGCUUGGUUCGAACCUUUCGUGAUGCAAUGGUUGAACGAGAACGACGAUGUUUCUUUGGAAUAUCUGAACGGAGCCUUCAAUAGAGAUAAACGAGAUGGGUUCCAAAAAUCGAGCGAGCACGCUUUGUUCAGCAACUCCGUGGUAGAUGUGUUCACGCAACUAACGCAGUGCUUCGACGUCGUCUCCAAGCUCGAGUGCCCUGAUCCAGAGAUCUGGAAGAGGUAUAUGAAGAGAUUCGCGAAGACGAUAGUCAAGGUGCUGGUGGCUUACGCCGAUAUUGUGAAGAAGGAGUUUCCUGAACAUCUAAAAGAGGAGCGAGUGGCAUGCAUUCUUAUGAACAACAUACAACAACUGCGUGUGCAAUUAGAAAAAAUGUUCGAAGCCAUGGGUGGUACCAAGUUGGAGCGUGACGCUGCCGAUAUCCUGCAUGACUUACAGCAGAGCCUGAAUAGCACCCUCGAUGAACUGGCUUCAAUGUUUGCUAACAGCCUGGAGUCUCGUAUAACUGCGAGUGUGAAGGAACUCGGUGAGCUGCUGCAGAAGGUGGGUGGCGGUGGCGCGCCCGGGCAACCGCAGCCGCCCGCGCACCACGAAGCCGACGAGGUGCUGCGACCACUUAUGGAUAUCUUGGAUGGCUCAUUGACGAUGUAUGCCGAAUCGUGUGAAAAGACUGUGCUAAAGCGACUGCUCAAAGAAUUGUGGAAAAUUGUGAUGAAAAUUCUAGAAAAGACUGUUGUGCUUCCGCCUAUGACUGAUAAAACGAUGAUGUUGAAGAACCUCACGAACAACGCAAAGAACUUGGCUGCAAAUGCUAAGAUCGAAGAUAUGACGCAACUAUUCAAGAGCACCGUGGGCAAACAAGAUGUUAAACAUGCGCUUUCUGGUGUCAUGGAUAUCUCAAAAGAACAUCUAUCAGCAGAGAAGAGUUUGUCACCAAAGCAAUGUGCAGUCCUCGAUGCGGCAUUGGACACAAUCAAACUUUACUUCCACGCUGGAGGCAACGGACUGAAGAAAACUUUCUUGGAGAAGAGUCCAGAGCUCCAGUCGUUAAGAUAUGCACUCAGUCUAUACACACAGACUACUGAUACCCUAAUCAGAACGUUCGUCACGAGUCAGCAAAAUCAAGAUGCAGCAGUUGCAGAAGAAGGUAGCGUGGGAGAAGUGUCGUUGCAGGUUGACCUGUUCACUCAUCCUGGUACUGGUGAACAUAAAAUCACAGUUAAAGUGGUGGCAGCCAACGAUUUGAAAUGGGUUAUAGCUAGCGGCAUGUUCCGUCCAUUCAUUGAAGUGAACCUCAUUGGUCCACACUUGGCCGAUAAGAAGAGAAAGUUUGCAACUAAGUCGAAAAGCAACAAUUGGAGUCCAAAGUUCAACGAGACAUUCCAUUUUAUGGUGAGUGCGACGGAACAGCUGGAACUGUUUGAGCUGCAUGUGUGCGUGCGGGAUUAUUGUUUCGCGAGAGAAGACCGACUAGUGGGCGUUGCUGUUAUGCGACUCGCUGACAUAGCGGAACAGGGUUCGUGCGCGUGUUGGUUGCCGCUUGGCACGCGUGUGAAAAUGGAUGAGACUGGGUGGACGAUACUCCGGAUAUUGUCGCAGAGGCACAGCGACGAGGUGGCCCGGGAGUUCGUCAAGCUCAAGUCCGAGAUGAGGGCGGAGGCGCCCGCCGGCGGCCAGGGACCCUCGUGA